GUUCACAAGUUACAGGGAGCUACGCUUGAGAGGGCUGUGCUUGACUUAUCCGGGCAGGAUUUCUCGUCGGGGCUUACUUAUGUGGUUGUCUCACGCGUUACUAGUCUAUAGGGCUCGAUGUCGUCCUCUGGGCGGACAUGUUCCGGUUUAAAUGUCCAGCUUCCCUCAAUCUCCUUUUCUAUGUUUUAAUACUAAAUCUCUACUUACUCGCUUCAAUAAUGAGACAGAUCUUUAGUCUUUUCCAUAGGAAGUGCCGCCCUCUUUCUUCUACUACUCGGUCAGUUACAACUCCGGUGGUUGCCUCGCUUUUUAUCCUCCUCGUUCGCACCACUGUCGCCAGUGGAAACCUCCAGCUAUCGUCCGCGAUGCCUGACGAGCAACGCCAAAAGGCCAUCGGCCAUCAGAACGACCCGAACGACAAGCAGCUAAUGUUUACCAUGACCGCCGAGAUCGGGGGACAGAGUCUCAACUAUCAGUUCGCCACCUGGCGCGUGUUUAUAGAUGGAACUAUGUGCUUCAAUAUGGCGCUAGUUACCUUACCUAUCCAAAUCGUCGGACGCCUGUACCGACUCAGCCAGACCCGUCCCGUCGAAGUUACCAUCGCGCUGCACGCCAGCUCAUUUAACAGCGUCUAGGAACGCCUUAUAUGCGGUAAGUACGUCCUCCACCUCGAUGCGGAAGGAAGAUGCCCGAGGUGGGUUACGGAUCCAUACCUACGCCAGUGCGUCAACUACGAGAUUAUCCGCGUCUACUUGGGCCAAGUCGGGCAUCCUCUCAACAGCGCCGCCAUCAUCGGUCAUCGGUAUCGGUUGAAAGGGUUUCAACCAUUUCGCUAGCUCAUAA